UUAUAUAUGGUGCCAUGGGUUAGCCGUAAAUGAGUCGCAAGUUCCCCAGCAUCGACUUUGCAAACCCCUCCCCCAGGCGUGACAGACCGGGUACAGUUCCUCUUGUGAAGAACAAUGGCACCCCGAGUCAGUCGGCGAACUACCCUCACUUCGUGCCUGAAGCCCACGACCGACUCGGUUCGACGAGUAGCACUUCUUCGGCUAUGGAAUUUACAAACAGUGGACAUCACCCCCAUCACGUGUCUUUUCGAAUCCCGACAAGCAACUCAGCAAACGCGAUUUCGUCUCAAGAAGCAUUGAAAUGCUCGGUGCUGCGCUCGUCGUCGGCAGCCUCGGAGAAAUUUCUGAAGCAACUUCAAGCAAAGUCUGAAGUUGAGUUAAGAAAUCACCGUUCUAAUCAGUCUUCGAAUUCUAACAUUCAAAGAAUUAAAUCAAAAAGUAUGGAUGAAAUUGGAAUAUUGAAGAUUUCCAACACUGAAAUUUACGAUUUUGGCGUUAAAGAUCUGAAAGAUCUCGGCCAAAUUGGAGCUGGAUCUUUUGGCACCGUGAACAAAAUGCAGCAUGUGAAAAGUCGCGCACUGAUGGCGGUGAAAAUAAUCCGAGUUUCGAUGAACGAAGAGGAACAGUGUAAAGUUAUCAUGGAUUUGGGCGUGAUCAGAAAAGCGUCUUACAGACACAUUGUAACAUUUCACGGAGCCUUGUUUCACGAGGGAGAUUGCUGGAUUUGUAUGGAGUUGAUGGACCUUUCAGCUGAGCUGCUUUACCGUUAUGUACACCACUCUAUUAAUGACAUAAUUCCCGAGGCAAUUCUAGCACAAGUAGCUUUGGCGACUGUACGGGCUUUGAUGUAUCUGAAAAAUGAGUUGAAGAUAAUCCACAGAGACGUGAAGCCUAGCAAUAUCCUUAUUAAUAAACACGGUGCUAUAAAGCUCUGUGACUUCGGAAUUAGCGGAGUGUUAGUGGACUCCAUAGCCAGGACCCAUGAUGUAGGUUGCAGACCAUAUAUGGCCCCUGAACGUAUCGACCCACGAGAAAAAGAUGGAUACGAUAUCAGAUCGGAUGUAUGGUCCAUGGGUAUAUCCAUGAUUGAAAUUUCGACAGGUUCAUUUCCAUAUAGGUCUUGGAACAGUGUAUUUGACCAAUUACAGGAGGUAGUGACAGGAAACCCUCCGAAGCUACAAGACAUGCCCCCCAAAAUCACUUUCACAGCCAAUUUUCACCGCUUCAUUGAUAGUUGCUUGAAGAAGGAGAGGAAGGAGAGGCCAAAGUACAGUGGACUGCUGAAGUCUUCGUUUCUGGAGAAAGCUACACACGAUGACAUAACAGAUGUCCAGGGUUGGAUGGAGCGGAUUUUGGAAAAGACAAGUGAAAUACCUCUGCCUCAACCGAACAGAUAGCCUUUUUUAGAAUCAACUCAAAUUUGCACAUUGAAGAAGUGUACUUUAGGAUCAGCUUAAUCAGUCUUAACCGUUCCCCUUAUUUUGAAAUCCAUUUAAAAAGAAUUUCACACGAAGGAUGAAAUUAGUCUUUUUGUGCAUAACAUCUCAAA